AUCAAAGUCACGGCUAGUUACCCACUAGCCACACUUACUAAACACAGAUCAGCUAAGCUAGCUUAGCGCGUACAGGAAGGUAUAGCAAUGGCCAGGGCUUUCCCUAUGGGUGUGGUGGCCGUGGCGGCCGUGCUGGUGCUGCUGUGCGCCGCCGUGUCCUCCGCCGCCGCGCAGCCUCGUCCCCCUCUGCCAAAGAACUCCCACAUGAUCACCCCGGGGCGGUUCGGGAAGAGGAACCAGGUGCUCUCCUGCGACGACACCAAGGACGGGAACGCACCCUGCGUCGCCACCUGCGACAGGCGCUGCCCCAACGAGUGCAUCGUCAUGUGCCCAGGCUGCAAGACAUACUGCCUGUGCGACUUUUACCCUGGUGUGUCGUGCGGGGAUCCGCGCUUCACCGGCGCCGACGGCAACAACUUCUACUUCCACGGCAAGAAGGACCAGGACUUCUGUGUUGUUUCUGAUGCUGAUCUCCACAUCAACGCUCACUUCAUCGGCAAGCGCAACCCCACUAUGAGCCGCGACUUCACCUGGAUCCAAGCUCUGGGCAUCCGCUUCGCUGAUCACCGACUCUACAUCGGCGCCCAGAAGACCACUAAGUGGAACAACGACGUCGACCGCCUCGACUUGGCCUUCGACGGAGAAUCGAUCAACGUCGCUGCUGGCGUCGGUGCUAAGUGGCAGUCCACCAGCGAUCCUGCCCUGACCGUCACAAGGACCACCGUGACAAACGGCGUGAGGGUCCAGCUUAAGGGUGUGUUCGACAUCAUGGCUAAGGUGGUGCCUAUAACAGAGGAGGACUCCCGCACCCACAACUAUGGCGUGACAGAGGACGACAGCCUCGCACAUCUGGACAUCGGCUUCAAGUUCGACGACCUCACCGACGAUGUUCACGGUGUCCUCGGUCAGACCUAUCGCUCUGACUAUGUCAACAAGCUCAGUGUCAGCGCCAACAUGCCUGUGAUGGGUGGCGUAUCCAGCUACAUCUCCUCCGACAUCUUCGCCAUCGACUGCAAGGUGGCUAGGUUCGGCCGUAGUGCUGGCAUCUCCAUGGUCACCACCGUGGUCAACUGAACUAUUUCUCAAGACAACACCACUCUGAUGUAAUCGGCCUACCAAUGAUGGAUAUAGGCCAAGAAAUAAAAUAAUAUAUGACUGUAAUGUGUAACAUUGUUUUUUGUGCAAGAAAUGCAACAACUUUACAAUGAAAAGUGAAUUAAACUUUCAGGAUGCAAA